AUGGCCAAGAAUGCGAACCCGGUUCCUGGCGCGGGAACGAACGGUAGACCGAUAGUCUUCAUGGAUAUCAACAUCGGCGAGACACCAGCUGGAAGGAUUAAGUUCGAGCUGUUCACGGAUAUCGUGCCGAAGACCGCCGAAAACUUUCGUCAGCUAUGUACGGGUGAACACCGGCCCAAUCGACAACCAGUGGGAUACAAACACAGCAUCUUCCAUCGCGUCAUCAAAGACUUCAUGGUCCAAGGUGGUGAUUUCCUAAACUCGGAUGGCACAGGUUCAACCUCAAUCUACGGGCAAAAGUUCGAAGACGAAAACUUCAAGCUUAAGCACGAAUCAGCCGGUCUUCUUUCCAUGGCUAACUCAGGGCCAAACACGAAUGGAUGUCAAUUUUUCAUUACGUCGGCAGCAUGCGAUUUCCUGGACGGGAAACACGUCGUCUUCGGCAAGGUCUUGGAUUCCGACGGGCUGCUGGUCAUGCGAAAGAUCGAGAACGUGCCUACAGGGCCGAACAACCGUCCCAAACUGACCGUUAAAGUCACUGAAUGCGGCGAAAUGUAG